AUGGCCGUGUCGGUGCGCCUGCCCCAGGACACGGGCCCCUACAUCGAACACUAUCUCAUUCAGUCGCAGGACAACAUACUCAGCCUGGAGAGCUCACGCUUCAAGUUUGGCUCCAUCCCAGCGCUGAUCGCGCACUACGCCCAGUGCUGCGACGAGCUGCCCGUGCAGCUGAUGCUGCCCCGGGUGCUGCGCGAGGCGAACAACCGCAAGAAGCUCUCAUCGCUGGCGCUGCUCGGCCAGGAGUUCUGGAGCUAUGCCAGCAGUCCGGCCGUGCUGGGUCCGCCCGUUGCGGCCAAGACAAAUCUCACGGCCAUCGAGCAGCAGCAGCAGCAGCAGCAGCAACAACAACAACAACAACUGCAGCAGCAGCAGCAACAGUUGCUGGACGCCAAGUCACCGCUGUCGCUCACAGAGACAAGCGGCCUGGGCACGGCCACGUUCUUCAGCGAUGCAUUGGUGGCCAAGCCGCCGGCCGUGGCCCCGCCCCAGACCCUGUUCAGUCCCACGGGCAGCAGCCAGCUGCUGGGCUUCUUCAGCCAGGCGGGCACGCCGUCGGACACCAACUCGAGCAUGAGCUCGUUCACGACCAGCGGCGGCCAGCACAUGCAGCUGCUGAGUCCCAAUUCCGUGGACUCGGUCAUACUGACCAUGUCGCCGGUGGAUGCGCAGGGCUAUCUGCCGGGCGGAGGCGGAGUCGGAGGCGGCGGUGGUGGCUUGGAGCAGCCACUGCAGCCGCAUGGCAGCAACAAUCUGAGCACCUUCAAGACGACAUCGGCGGCUGUGGCGAGCAUUACGGAACUGGAGCAGGUGCGUCCGCAGCGACCGAAGCCGCCGAACACAUUGAAUCUCAAGCCGCCGGCGCCGCCAAUGCGCUGGUCCAAGCCCCACUCGCCGGAUCAGCUGGGCAACAACUUUACGGUGACCACCACGGUUACCUUUUCCAUGGAGAACAACAACAACAACAACAGCAAUGGCAACAACAUUGCCAGCAAUGGCAUCAACAGUGCAGCCAUGGCCAAGCCGAAUCCCGCACAGUUUGUGGAGGUAACAACGCCAGCCGCGAGCAAUCCGUUCAACGCGCUGCUCAACUCACAGGCCAGCACCAGCACGUUCCAGACCUUUGCCAAGCGCCUGUCGCCCGAGGGCGAGUGCAAGGAUACGCUCUCCUCGCAGGGCUCCUCCUCGAACGACAGUCGCUGGCAAUCGCAGUCGCAGUCGCAGUCGCAAUCGCACUCGCAGUCGAGUCGCGACUCCAGCCACAGCCAGCGUAAGAUACUGUCCCCAAUGACGCCCAGUGGCGCUGGCCACCUCCUGCCCGGCGUCGGCAGCGCCAGCAGCAGCAGCAGCAAGUCACGCAAAUCGCGUAUACGGAAGGAGUCCAAGCACUACCAGGAGUCCGACAUACUGGAGAGCCCGCCGGCGCAGUACUGUGCCAGCGCCCUGAGCGACAAGAUCAGCGACUACGAGGACGUCUGGACGCACGAUCCCAGCGAUCGGGCUAGUCUCCUAACCAGCUUCAAGCCCGGACUGGACAAUGGCGGCGUCUUGAAUCGACGACCCGACCUGCUGGCCGAGACACCAGCUAGCACACCCACGCAGCAGCAGCUGCUGUCACCCUGCGAAGAGACCAGCGCUAGCCAGGAUAGCAGCCAGCAGCUGAUGCAGUUCUCGGGCGAUGCACCGGCUCGCUCGCGUGCCGGCCUCCUCCUGCCGAAUCUGGGCAAUGCCGCGCCAGCCAUGAGCCAGUCGCUGACGGAGCCGAGCGCCGUCGAUGAUGGCGGAGACACGACGCCCACGGCGGCACAGACACCGGGCGCACGCAGCAAGCAGGGCAGCCCCACCUAUGCGGAGCCAGCGGAUGCACUGCGUCAGGCGGGUCUGACCAAUGCCGCGGCGGCGAUUCUGCGCCGGCAACAGCGCAGCCAGCUUCUGCCCGCCAAUCAGCGGCACUCGGAGCCGCUCAAGGGCGGCCAUGCAACGGCCGCUGUGCCGCUGCUGCUGCCCGCCGACCUGGAGAAGUUGGCCGGCAGCCUGGAUGAGCUGAAGCAGAAGCCAAAGCCGAUGGCUCAGCAGGCGGCGAAGCGUGGACGCACUCGCAUCGAUCACUGGCAGCUGGACAGCAGCUGGGAGUUCAUGGCCAAGCAGGAGACGAACGGAGGAGGCGGCGGCGGCGGCAGCGGCGUCAUAGUCGCCGCUGUCGACUGGCAGGAGAAGGAGAACUCGCUGGGACGCGACAAGGAUGGCUCCAAGAAGCGCCCGCUAACCGUGCACCAGAUCAUUGCCAAGCGUCUGCCCGAUCUUAAUCUGCCGGAGCUCGUGCGCUGCUCGACUCCGCUCCAGAUGCCGGCAGCAGCAACAGCAACAGCAACGGCGACGACGACGACGACGGCGAUAACGACGAGCGCAGCCCCGCAGCCCCUGCAGGAGAAGUCGAACGCCGAUGGCAGCCAAAAGUCAUUCCAGAGCCAGAACGGCUGUCGACUGUCCUCGUACGACAACGUGGAGCGCAACUGUGCCGCAUUCUGCCAGACCUACUACGGCGGCAUCGACUCGGCGCAGUCAGAUGACGGCACUGUCUUCUCCGAGCCCUGGGACUCCUCCCAGUGGGACUCGCUCAUGCCAAUGCAGGAUGAUGCCACCAUCAAUUCGGAUACCAUACAUCUGUCCAAGUGCCGGCCGGCGCUCUCGGAGGAUGACACCAUCAUUGAGGAAUUCAGCAGCACCAAAGACGGCAGCAACAGCAGCUGCAACCAGGACACGCUCAAGGCCAAUAAAAAUGGCACCAGCGCCGGCGCUGGCAGCAACAACAACAACAACAACAACAACAACAGCAACAGCAACGACAAUAAAUUGAUUACUAAUUGAA